UUAUAAGUCAAAAUUACGAUGAAAGUUAUGUUUAUAUAGGCCCUUGACAAUGUACUUUAGUGUGUAAUAACUACCUGUGGAAAUGUCGGGGAUUGUAAAGAUAGGUAUUUUGUAAUAUGUAACUGCGUAUGCUACUAUUGCAAUCAUUGUACAAGAAAUUGUUUUAUAUAAAAAGAAAAUAAAAUAUAACAGGAGCAAACUACUGGUUUCAGCUGACUGUUGAAGCCUAUUUGGUCCGAUCUUGACACCCGACCUCAUGACGCCCAGGUCAGACUGUUGCCUCACCACAUUGCUUUUAUUACGAGUAGCUAUAGAUAACACAUCUUGAUUAGAACGUACACGCUUAGCAUGGUGUGCGGAUUUACCAAUGCGGUUAAAAAUAUAUUUUUAUUUAUUUUAUUAUAUUAUAUUAAUAAAUACGAAUAUAACAAUACCUCAGAUUGUUGGAACCGGAGUUUUAACUGAAAUAUCACUAAAUGCCUGAACAUUGCAAUGUUGCACCUUGUCUGUGAAAAUCCGUAUCCAACUAGGAUAUUAUUUUCAGGCGCUGAACAAAGUAGUUAUAAUUCGUUCUCAGGUAAUGAUAUUUAAUAGUACAUCGAUUGAAAGUGCAUGUUAGGCAAAAUAAUAAGUUUCCAGUCAUAUAACAUUUAUAGGAAAACUAUUCUUUGUUAUCUAAGUCAAAGAAAACAAGACUAUGUGAUUGUACGGGAUCGUAAUGUUUUGAAGCAACUUUAAACGUAAAACUGAAUCAUAUAAUAAUGUGUUUGUUUAAUAAUUUAAAUAACAUGAAAAUCACUAUAUAUUAGUGUAAUGUGUGGUGUGUGGACACACGCCGCUGCGCCGACGCAGACGCGUUUGACAGCGGAGCGAGGCGCGCGCGCCGCCCGCACAUGCAACACGCACGCACACAGCCGCGACACGCCGCGACUUACAUUAUAAAAUACAGUGUAGUGAUCAUGAACACAUAUUACUUUUAACAUAGUUUGAUGCUGCGCAGUGGUGACAACCAGUGCAGCAGCCUUUGAACCGCCGCCGCUAGCCGUCGCCAUGGUUACCAAGGAAACAAGCGUCAAAGUGUCAGAUGAGAGCGGCAAGGAGAGCCAGUUCAACCUGGACGGCAUCCUGAGCGAGCUGGGCAGCUUCGGCAAGUACCAGCUGCUGCUGCUGCUCCUGCUCGCCUUCCGAGACUCGUUCCUCGCCAUGUGCAACUUCAACUAUGUCUUCACAGCCGCUGAAGUCGAUUUCAGAUGUGCGGUCCCGGAGUGCGAGGCACUGGACUCGCGGUUCAACGCGUCGUGGAUGCCGUACGCGCUCACGAACGAAACCAACACCUGCUAUAGAAUGACGCCUUAUGACGAGGCCACGCAUAACAGCUCCAUGCUGAGCCAGCAAUACACGUGUGCGCCGGAGAACUUCUCCUGGAACAAGACCAAGCGCUGCGAGAAGGUCAUUUAUGAAGACUACAACAGUAUCGUCGCUGAAUUCGACCUCGGGUGUCAGCCGUGGAAGCGGACCCUCAUCGGCACCGUCCACAACCUGGGACUCGUGUUCUCAUUUGUUAUCUCCGGACUUAUAUCAGACAAAUACGGUCGUAAGGUGAUAAUAGUGGGCACGCCGCUGGUGGUGGGCGUGGCCGGCCUCAUCAAGUCCUUCUCCGUCAACUACUGGAUGCUGCUGGUUUUCGAGUUCCUCGAGACCGCACUCGGCUACGGGAAUGCCUCCAUGGUUCUAUCUUUAGAGACCGUGAGCCAGAAGCGUCGCGUGAUGUUCUCGUGCAUCUCGGACAUCCUGGCCAGCAUCGGCAGCGCGUUCUUCGGGCUGAUCGCGUGGAAGAUCCCCUACUGGCGCCACAUGAUGCGUGCCAUCUACGCGCCGCUGCUCGUCGUCGUCUUCUACAUCUUCCUCGUGGACGAGGGUGUCAGGUGGCUGCUGGCGCACAACAAGAAUGAUGAAGCCGUCAGAGUGCUGAACAAAGUCGCCAAGAUCAAUAAUAUACAGCUCUCGAACAAAGCCAAGCAAAUGUUAAAAACUAUAGCUGGAGAGAGCAGCAAGAAUGAUGAGGAUGGUGAGAAGAGAUCCCAGUCGGAGCAGCCCCACCUGCUGUCCGUGCUCCGCUCGCGCACGAUCCUGCUGCGCGUGCUGCUGAUCGCGGCGUGCUUCAUCUGCUGCACGUUCGUUUACAACGGCACCAUCAUCAACUCGACCAGCGUGUCCGGCAACAAGUACCUGAACUUCUCUGCGCUGCUGCUGGUCUCCGUACCCACCAGGAUCAUCACCGCGCUCACACUCACGAGGUUCGGCAGGAAGACCCCCAUCUGUGUCGCCUACACCUUGUGCUGUAUAUUCUUUAUUUCCUCCGCCUUUGUGCCCAAGUCGAUCUGGUGGGCGUCGGUGCUGUUUUAUCUGGUGGGCAAGAUGUGCAGCAGCUACGGCGUGUUCUCCAUGUAUGUGGUGGCCAUGGAGGUGUUCCCCACCACGUCGCGCAACUCGCUCACCAACAUCGCCAACACUGUCGGCCGCCUCGGCUCUGUGCUGGCUCCGCAGGCGCCGCUGCUGGAGAAGUACAUGUCUGGUCUGCCGAGCAUAGUGUUCGGUAUCGUGGCGCUGGGCCCGGCGGUGCUGGCGCUGCUGCUGCCGGACACGAGCCGCGCCGCGCUGCCCGACGACGUGCUCGACGCCGAGAACCUCGACCACCAGCCCGAGGACGAGCCCGCCGGGGACGUCACCAGGGACGACCUGCCCAGGGUCGCCGUCACCCUCACCAAAGAUAAAGAAGCUCAGUGAUGUGUAGUUCAUAAUAACAGUAACGACAAAUAAUAGUGAGGAGUGACGCGCAACGCAACUGUCAAGGACUCAUGUAGUGACGUCAUCUCUUCUGAUCGACUGGUUCAAGCCGAAUCUCAAAAAAACUUUCAUAGAACCUAUCGUCUUGUAUUAUAAGAUGUCGGACUCGUAUUACCUAAUUACGGACUCUAUAAAGGUUUAAGCUUAGUGUGAUAUCAUGUAGGCAAUAAGGUUUUUGUGAUAUUUGGUUAUUGGAAGCCGUUAGGAUAAAGUUACCUUAUAGAGCAACGGUGACAGUAAAUACAUGCAAGCAUUGAAUAAAAUU